GAACAGCCCACUGAUUGACUGUCCUACCGGUGGCAGUAUAAGUUUUCCUUUGACGUUCUAAUCCAUGUAGAAGUUUUUGACUUCUAAAACCAACAAAAAGUAGUUUCAUUACUGGCGGGUCUUUAAGCUUGUCAGUGAGUCAAUGUUGCUGAGUACACGAUUCCACUUUGUUUUCUCCGCCUUUCUUGGAGACGAGUCAAGUGUUCUUUAAUCAUCCAACCAACUCGCACCCAACCUUUUUAUGCUCUCUCUUCUCAUUUCACAAUGUCAAACCAUUUCAUCAAACACUUCUAUCUCUCUCCUAAGAUCUCUCCCUUCUCCCAUGGCAAUUCUUCCUCCAACUUCGCUUUCUGGACACCCUUUAUCCUCCUCUUCAAGUCUCUCCCCACUGAAAACGCCUACGCAGAUCCUUGGCUUCAGGCUGAAAUUUAGAGAAACUCAGGAGACCCGUUUCAGCUUGUUUACUUCCUUCAAGAGUUGUUCAUAUAAGACAAUGACUUCCAUGCAACCUUCGGAAUUGAUCCUAAGAGAUAAGAAUAUCCCCAUUUUGGUUUAUACUAACACUGCUAUGACUAUUUUUGCUUGAUUUUUCUAAGGCAUAUUUUUUCCGGUCAGGAGCAAUCCUGCUUUUGGAUUGAUGGCUUCAAAGGAGCCUGUGGCUGUGGGACCGACUACAAAAUGUGGAAACAGCAAAAUGGAGACUGAAGUGGGAGUUGAGAAUGGAUGUGCUACGUUCGAUGAAAUGAAACAUCGGUUUCUCAGUUUCAAAAAGUGGAAAUUCAUGGAAAACUUAGAACAUUUCCAAAAUCUUGCAAAUGGUCAGGCACCAAAGUUUAUGGUGAUUGCUUGUGCAGACUCUAGAGUUUGCCCCUCAACCGUCCUGGGAUUCCAACCAGGAGAAGCAUUUAUUGUCCGCAAUGUUGCAAAUAUGGUUCCCCCAUGUGAAAGUGGGCCUUCAGAAACAAAUGCUGCAUUGGAAUUUGCUGUAAAUUCUCUUCAAGUUGAAAACAUUCUAGUCAUUGGCCACAGCCGCUGUGGAGGCAUUCGUGCCCUAAUGAGUAUGCAGGAUGAAGCCAAUUCAAGUAGCUUUAUUCAAAAUUGGGUUCUGGUGGGGAAGACUGCAAGGUUAAACACAAAGUCUGCUGCUCAUAAUCUUAGCUUUGAUGAUCAGUGUCGACAUUGUGAGAAGGAAUCUGUAAAUUGUUCAUUGUUAAACCUGCUGACUUAUCCAUGGAUUGAAGAAAAAGUGAAGAAAGGAGCACUCUCUCUUCAUGGUGGCUACUAUGACUUCAUUGACUGUACAUUUGAGAAAUGGACACUGGAUUACGAAGGAAGUAGUUUAGAGGAAAGUGAUAAAUUUGCACUCAGAAACCAAUCACUUUGGUGCUGAACUCUGUUGUAUGUCCAUUAUUUAUACGUGUCCAGAUGAUUGAAAGUUAAUGUCAUUUUCUGGAAUUUGAAAUAAUAAGUCCCUGUUGUUUGUAAUUUGAAAAAAUUCUUGUCUUGUAAAUGCCAUGGUUCAUGUGGUGUUAUUCCCUUGAUCAUAAAGCUCAAUGUCUUUAUUCUUAUUGAAAACUGAAUCCAUAGAAGUGAAAGGAUUUGUAAUGAGUGGGUGGAAUCUCAUCAAUUCAUUCUUUACUUGGCAGCA